GCCUAUAAUAUAUAAAGCUCUGUUAGACGAAGGGGGUAGGUCGUUGUCCUUAUUUUUUUGCGUAUUCAUUGUUUCUUUAUUUUCAUUAAAAAAUCUUUCUUUUUCUUUCUUAUUGUUUUUUGGUUAUCAUUCCGGGUUAUUAUUGUGGAACCUCUCUCGCCGAGGGGGGGGGGGGGGGACACGUGCAGUGCACCCCCUCCCCAGCGGCCCAUCCUAGGCCCUUGGGGCGGGAGAGGGGCUGUGGGUGGCUGCUGGUCUUGAUAUGAUGAAGAGUGAAUUUCGAAUGCUUAUAUUUUGUAAAAAAAGAGCCAUAGAGAGCAAAUUAGUAUAAUGAGUAUAAAACAAACAAACAAACAACGAAAACAACUCCAAUCAUGACAGAUUGCAUUGCCGAUACCAUACAAUAGGCGGGUCGAUACGCCGAGAUCUAUCGAGAUCGGACAGUUUCGACUUUUUAUCUGCUGAAUUGGUUGGAGACUCAUGUAUGAAGUAGAACCUUUCAAAAGCAGAGGCACUUUCAGACGGAUGCGCUUUCGAAUCUGGGGACCCGAGAACCAAAGACAACAGGUUGAUGAAACCUUUCUUAAAAAAAAAACCCACCAUCUACAGGCUUUGGAAGAUCUUGGACUUUGGACUUUAUUGGCGGGUCACCGUCACAAUUACAUGCACAUCAUAAAGUUUAAUGUACAAAUAAAUACUUGAGAAUUAGAACACAAGACAAUGAAAAUUAAACAUGUAUAUGACUACAUGUGAGAUGUAUUUCACCAGAAGCUGAUCGAUUCUUUAAAAUCUACUGUUUUGAAUGUCUUACAAAUCGAUACCAAGCCUUCUUCAUCUCUGUAAUUGUGAUUAGUAACCAUGACAGCAGACAGUCCUGACAUUGGUGAUACCACCAACGCUCUACGAAAAACACCGUCGAGAGAACUCGAACUCGACUUCACAGUACCUCACCAAAGUGCGGGCAAUGCUCAGCCCCGUGAAAGCAUCCAGAGUGAUGUCUUGAACCAAACUCAGCCAGAGGAGACAACUACUUGUGGAAUAUGCGUCAAAGGAGGGCGCUUUACCACCGUCGACGCCCUUUUCAUCUUGGGCGGCAUGAUCAUGUACAUCGCUGAUCUCGUGACGGACCUUGUUGUUGGGGUGCAGUAUUUCCGAGAGGGCUAUGCAUUGUGGGCUAUCAUGACGUUCAUCUUUGUUCUGCUGCCCUCGCUUGUUCUGCAAUAUUUCAGCUUUCGAUGGUUUGUGUCGGAUCUAGAUGAGGAUCCGGAGCAUAAGAAGAAGGGAUUGUUUGCUAAGCUGUGGUCUUGGUGUCAAUGGCUCUUUACUCAUGUUUUACAGCUUGGAGCAGUCAAAAGAUAUUGGCGGACCCUAAAAUUUGGGUUGCGGAGUCGCAGAGACCAUGGUUACUACAAACUGAUGAUCUAUGAGUACCGGGACAUCACCAUGCUGCGUCUCCUAGAAGCCUUCAUGGAAUCGGCUCCUCAGCUUGUUCUUCAAGUUUACAUCAUGGUGGAGAGUGAAGAACUCUACUGGCUAACUGCUGCAUCAGCUAUUGUGUCCCUUAGUUCUCUCGCAUGGGCACUUGAAGCAUACCACAAGGCUCUGCGAGACUCACGAGCUGACAAGAAGAAAAUCACAUACUAUGGUGUGGUCCUGCGCAUCACUUGGCGACUCUUCACCAUCACUGCUCGCGUCAUUGCCCUUGCCCUGUUUGCAUCAAUCUAUGAGUGGUGGGUCUUUGUCGUGGUUGGUGCGCAUUGGGUCAUGAUGACUCUCUGGCUGGUCUGGCAACAGACCGACUUCUGUGAUACUAAAUUUGAGGAAGUCCUCUUUGACGCAGUCAUGGGAAUCAUUCACAUCUUCUGUUUCUUCAACAUGAAGGAGGGUCGCACUCGAUACCGUGCGCUAGUCUUCUACACCAUUAUAUUCAUCGAGAAUACCAUCAUGUUCGGGUUGUGGUAUCACAGACAGGAAUCGAGGGAGAAGAUGUACGGUUUGCCCGCACUUAUUUUCGUCUGGGGCGGGUUCUUCAUCGGCGCCUUCCUCAUGGCAUUUUAUUACCGUUUCUGCCAUCCGACGGGGAAGCUUCCAUUUUGUUUAUGCGGAGUUCAUGAUGACACGGAAGAUCAGCAGUCACAGAAGGAAACAGUGACCAAUCACGCUGUGGCUUUGAGAAGCUUGUCACAUCAAAGCAAUGGAGGAGUGGCAGGUGGUGAUGAGGUAGAUGGAGGAGGCAAUGAAGUUGAUGGUUGCGCUUAUGCCAAAGACUUAGACGGCAAGCUCAACCGUAAAAUGUCGGAACGCGAUCGAUACUAUGCAAACCUCUUUUCGUAUAAAUGGCGACGUCACAUACAUCCGGAACUCCUUCCUAACAACAGAUUGCAAAAAUAUGUAGAUGGUGUAGUGACAGCGCCACCCAUGUCACCACUGCAUCCAGAAAUGAUAGAUACUGAAGCUGUUUACAGAGUGGAUGCUAAUGAAGUAUCAACACAACCGCAUGCACAAGACCUGUUGUGAUUUUGCAUUUAGUUUGUGCCAUGUAAGUUUGUACGGGUAGUUACAUCCUUACCUUAUUGGCAGAUAGGUGUCGGUAUUGAUCUUUAUCAUGUAAAUUCUCAAUACUGUAUGCCUGGCAUAAGGGCUUUAGCUGAAGCAUGAGCUACUUGAAGUUUUUUGUGCGUGUAAGAUUUAACGCCCUUGUGUCGGGUAUAUAGGGAUGGGAAUUAAUGUACACGCAUCUCCUAACUUCCUUCUGUCAGCCAGGUAAUGUUAUACUUUAUGUGUCAUAUCAAACAACACAUUUGUGUGCCUCUGUCCUCUGAAAAUAUAUUAAUACACAGAGUAAUGAUGGAUAUUGUCACAUGUAAAUCUUAGUAUAGUGGGAUUUACACUAUAUACUUUAUUUACAGAAAGCACAAAUCAAUAUUCUAGUCAUUAUUACGAGAGGCUUGUGGUGCGACUGUACUUUCGUAGGAAAAACGAUGUACAUUUAGCACGGGUAGACAAUUGAAAUAUUACAGAAAUAUUCAAUUUAUCAAGGAAUCCCAAGCGCAGGGAGGAAUACGGAUAAAAUCAGUAGAUCUACAAAAGAGACCCCAGUAAAAGCAUCGAGGUUUGUAAUCACUUUGAAAGAGAAAUUGCUUUUAAGUGGGAAUUGAACCCGGGUCACCGGAAUCUGAAAUCCCGUUCUCCCGACUGAUCUAGCAUGCCUCCCUAGGGUGUAUUACAAUGUACAUGUGUAGAAAAUGUUGGUAGAAUUAGAGCUUCAAUACGUUCCCCAUUGAAUGCGUGCUGGGGAACGGAAAUAGUUGUUUUUAUAAUGGCAUUAAAGGAAACCAAAACCCAAGAAGAGAAGCAAUCGUAUUUGAGAGAGUAACAAAAGAGGAAAAAAUUAUAACAAGUUUCAGCAGAAUUGGUUUUGAAAUAAGCAAGUUAUGUGAGAUGUUUAAAAAGUCUUGUUGGACUGGAUCCUCAAAUUGGCCACCAUGGCUCAGAAUUACAGAUUCUGUGGACAACUCUUCAUUUGUGUUGUACACAAAUUUUUAAAUUUUCCCCAUCAUCUUUCCAAUUGCAUCUUGCCUCCUGAUGAGCAUAACAUUAUGUCAUGGGAAAAUAUAAUUCAUACCACAUAAUAUGUCAAGGUCAGAGGGAGAUAAUGUGAAAUUAAUGGGAAAAUCUGAAAAUAUGUGUACAAAACAAAUGGAGAAUUGUCCACAAAAUCAGACAUUUUGAAGCAUGUUUGCCAAAGUGAGGAUCCCCAUAGACAGUACAACUGGACUUUUCAAACUUCCAACUUUGUUCUAUAACUGAUUUUGAUGAAACAGGUUUUAGAUUGCUCCUCUCAUUUAAUUUCUUCUUAUAAGACGGAUUCUACCCUUGUAUUUUGGUUUCCAUUAUUUAACUGCUCCGGAGACAUCAUUUCCCAAUCAACUAGAGUUUAAAUAUGUGGAAAAGAAGAGCUUUGAUUCACAAUUUACAUUUAUAUGUAUUUCUUUUUUACAAAAUACUGAUCAUUUCACUUUGUAUUUAUAAAUUAGACUAAUCAUUUCACUUUCAUUAAGCUUUUAAGGCUAUCCAUUUAUUAAUGGGAAAUUCUUCCAAAGAAAGAAAGAAAGAAAGAAAGAGAGAGAGAGAGAGAAAGAAAGAAAGAAGAAUACCCCCCCAACUGUGCCCAGUCAAAACUUGAACCCUGCCUCCCCCUCUAACAUGGACAUUGUACUUAAAAUUCAUAAUUUUUUAAAAGUUAUUUUUACAUGCAUGUGUAUACAUGCAUAUUUUAUGGUGAGAGGUACUACAAAUAGAUACAUUUUCUUCUUUGAUGAUGAUUUUCUAGCAGCAUUUAUCUGAAAGAAAUAAACAUAAGGUUGGAAAUUACAAGCGCACAAGAAGAGAGGUGACUGUAUAUAUAUGUACAUGUACCUCUAGUUAAUCAUUGAUUUUUGUUUUUGUGUUAGCACUUUGUCAGAUUCUAUUUAUAGAAGUGAGUCAAUUGGUUUCCUGUCAUUUUUUUCAAUAUUAAAGAGCUUACUUAACAUAAAACUUAUUUACUUAUUGUUUUUUAUCUCUCUUGAUCUUGUUAUUAAUGAUUCUUUCUCAACAAGAAUAAAAGAUUUCAUUGAUUUUUGUCUCGCCUGAACGAAGUUCGACAGAGACCUAGUGAUCCCUUUCCUGUUGGUCUGUUACAAAAAUUUUAAUGUUUUUGUUUGCUCUCAUUUCUUUAUUUCUGCAUCAAUUAUAGUCACACUCAACUCAACACUUGAUACAGUACAUGUAUAUGAUCCUUGGGUAAUACCCAUGUGCUUUCAUGAGGAUGAUAAGGUCAAAGGCCAUCUAGGGAUCAAAGGAUCAUAAUUGCAUAUUUUAUUGAUUGCAAAAUCAAGCAACAGUUCUUUUGUUCAGAUUUUCAAUGGGCAUGUGUAUUGGAUUAGGUCAGUAGAGGCAUGACGCAAAUGGCAUAAGAAAAUGAAUUUUAUAAUUAUGAGGAUUUAUCAUUGUUUAUCUGCAAUCACGUUAUUUGGGGGAAAGGAUACACUUGUUCAGUGCGUGUACUUGUUCAUGGCCACACUAACAAAUGGCGAUUGGUUUACAUGUAUGUUUAUUCUAAUUUUCAACUGAAUUUAUAUCUGUAAUGUAUUUCUUGGUGUGCUAUAUAAUUCAUUGCUCAGCUGAUUUUUAGCCUAUUAUUAGGUGGUCUGUCAUAAAUAUGACAGAUCACCUAUUAUAUUCGUCAGAUUUUACUUUAUUUAUUUUUAUUGCCAAAUUUUGUUCCCACUUUAUCUCAAAAUCGGGCUUGUCAAAUUUCUUGAUUUUCAUGUCAUGUAUGGAAAUUAUUAUGGAAUCGCGAAACGAAACUUUUCAAGGUUAUCAAAUCAUGAUGACGUCAUCUAGGCGCCAUUUUGUAAAAUUAAAUUAUUGAUCAUAUCAUCGCAACUAAUCAUAAAAAAUCAUCCAUAUUUGCAUCAUAUCAAGUUCAGGUCACAGGUCAUCAGGAAAUGUCAUCAGAGGUCAUGCAAAGGUCACGACGCGCACGUACGCGCGCGUCAAAAUUUUAAAUUUCCCCAAAUCAACCGUGGUCAAGUUUGGGUACGUUUCAGGUCAUUUUGAGCACGUCAAGAAUUUGCGCGCGCACAGGUAUGCGUGCGCGUUCUUACACCUACAAUCGGUAUGCAUCUUCGAGUCGUCAUUUAUUUUAUGUCUGUCCAUUGUCCAUUAUCUUCUGAUUAAUUUGAUACCUCAUUCAGCCUCUUACGACCAAUAAUACGGGAAUGCGCGUCCAUUCAAAUUUGCAUUACACGCGCGUGCCAACUCUCAAAAUAAGUCAUAAGUGGGCAUAAAUAUGCCUAUAUAAAAUUCACUGUAGCUCUUCAGGGAGUCCGUUGACCCCCAAUUUUGUUUCCCUAUUCGAAUAGAGUAUGAAAAGGAGAUAUGAUUUCAUGCCACAUUUGACCCUUAAAAACAUCGUGACGUCAUCAAAAUGGCGUCGGAACUAAAAAUUAACCUUUUUUGUUUCAUGAUGUCACCACACUCAUGUAAAUUUAUUCUUAUUCCGUAAAUAUUGGUUAUUUCUCGCCAAAUUUUCAAUAUCUUUUAGCUUUUUGUACCCUUUAGACAAUAUGUCCAUUGUAUCAUUUUAAAGCUUGUACUAUUCUCAAAACUAGAACUUGUAGAGGUUUGUCAUCAUGCCAAUUUUCUACUUGCAAAAAUGUACAUUGACAAUAUGUUUCCUGUUUUGCGUUUGCCGUCUGUCGGAAACAUUGUGGUCGACUAGAUAACGCACCUGACUGAUAAAGCAGGGGUCGGUGGUUCAAAAACCUUGCCUGACUUUUUUUUUUUUUUCCUUUUUAGGUGGUCUGUCAUGAAUAUGACAGAUCACCUAUUAUAUUCGUCAGAUUUUACUUUAUUUAUUUUUAUUGCCAAAUUUUGUUCCCACUUUAUCUCAAAAUCGGGCUUGUCAAAUUUCUUGAUUUUCAUGUCAUGUAUGGAAAUUGUUAUGGAAUCGCGAAACGAAACUUUUCAAGGUUAUCAAAUUAUGAUGACGUCAUCUAGGCGCCAUUUUGUAAAAUUAAAUUAUUGAUCAUAUCAUCGCAACUAAUCAUAAAAAAUCAUCCAUAUUUGCAUCAUAUCAAGUUCAGGUGACAGGUCAUCAGGACAUAUCAUCAGAGGUCAUGCAAAGGUUACGACGCGCACGUACGCGCGCGUCAAAAUUUUAAAUUUACCCAAAUCGACCGUGGUCAAGUUUGGGUACGUUUCAGGUCAUUUUGAGCAUGUCAAGAAUUUGCGCGCGCACAGAUAUGCGUGCGUGUGCUUGCACCUACCAUCGGUAUGCAUCUUUGAGUCAUCAUUUGUUUCAUGUCUUUCCAUUGUCCAUUAUCUUCUGAUUAAUUUGAUACCUCAUUCAGCCUCUUACGACCAAUAAUACGGGAAUGCACGUCCAUUCAAAUUUGCAUUACUCGCGCGUGCAAACUUGCAAAAUAAGUCAUAAAUGGGCAAAAAUAUGCCUAUAUAAAAUUUACUGUAGCUCUUCAGGGAGUCCGUUGACCCCAAAUUUUUUCUCACUCUUGGAUAUAGUCAAUAUCUCAUUUGGAGAUUUCGUAAUUAUGUCAAGAUUAAGUUAUUAGUGAAAAUAACAUAUUUUUGCAACAUACAUCAACGUAUUUGACAAUAUCUUCGUUAUUACUGGUCAGUUUUCUCCCAAAUUUUGAUACGAUGUAGUAAAGACAAUUCUCUGCAAAUAACGUGAGACUAAUUUUCAUUCUUGACCACAGCAUCAAUGUGUUAUGACUUGUUUAAGUUUUUUCAAUUUUUUUCUGGACCUAAUUUCUUAAAAAAUUUUAAAGGACAUUUUUUAUUAAUCAAUUGUGCGGUCUUGCUGAAAAUUUCAAGCCUCCUUGCAUUGCGGUUUUUUUAUGUAGGACAUUUUUUGUAUUUUUGCCGGAACUUUAUAAGGGGUAAUUUUAACAUUUUAACAAUUUUAACAUCAUUUACGCAUUUUUCUAAGGAAACGCUGCAAUAUUGAGACGCUAUUGGGUUGAAAAAUUUCAUUCUGGACUUUUUGCGGAAAUUCCUGGAUUUUUUCUAUUUGGUAAUUUUUACUAAAUAACGUAUAACAAGUUUUCAGGUACCUUCUGUCAAAUGAAAAAUUGUGCAAUUUAGUUAAUUACACAUUUUCCCGAACUUUUGCAGGAAUAUUCCGAGUAUUUGAAUAUUUUACCUGACGUUUUUCAGCAAAAACCAUCAAGAAAGAAUUUUCAGGUAAAUUUCGAAGUCUUACACAAUUAAUAUAUGGAUAUUGAAAAUUCUUGACGGAAAAUAUUAUGUGAAAUGUCUAGAAAUUUGCAGAGAUUUUGCAAACAUUUACCCCCCAAAAUAUACUUAAUUCUUUUAUCAAAUACAUCACUGAUGAAUAUUAGAGUGAAUGCUGUAAAAUUGUUACAUUGUGAAACUUCUCAUAAAAAUUAUAAAAAUUAGCAGAAAUUUUGAAUGAAAAUAUUAAAGAUAUUUUAUUUUUCAGAAAGUAUCACUUAUGAAUUUUCAAGUAUUCUGUAAAUUUCAUUCCCAAUGAUGUUGUAAAAAUUCUUGCUUGAAAUCAUAAAAAAAAUUGCUGACAGUACAAAGAAUUGAAAAAAAAAAAAUUUUGCAUAAAAACAUUAAAGUACUGUCGAUUAAAAUUAGCUGCUGUGAAAAUUAAGGCGCCUUUCAAUACGUUAUUUUGAAAAACUAAUUUGGGUAAAAUCGUCUGAAAAUUAUGAGGAGUUUUUAAGGCGUUUUACGUGCUCCAAACUUCAUUUCGUAUUUACCGUUUUGCAUUAUCACCAUCAUUAUAAUCAUCCGCGAUUUUCAUCACCACAUUAAUAAUCACAUUUAGCAAUGGUCAAAAUUUAUUCCUAUGUUGUCUAUGAUGAAGAUUAUCAAUCAUAUCUAAAUGAUUCAUUCCAUACAACAUUAGCCGACACUGAAUGAAAAAUCAUGACAGACCACCUAAUUCGU